AUGUGGCACAAAAGGCAUGCUUUAGCCAUUGUGCCCGUUAUUAUAGUCGGUUGGCUAAACAUACAGUGUACUGAGGGAUUUGGGAUUUCAUCCUUCGGGAAGGCUAACACAGAUCCACCGAAGCCAGCAACGACAUCUGCCGCACCCGCCCGGCCGUGUUCAAGGCAGGCGGAAUGCGCGGGCAUCAGCAGCAGUUCCUGUGUGCGCACGCACUAUGAUCCAGUCACUCGAUGCCUGUGUGGAGACAACCAGCCGCCUGUCAACGGACAGUGUGACUCGCAGACUAAGGCUCUCUACCACGUCUGCGCGAACAGCGACGAGUGCAACGACGGGCUGAUCUGCGGGACUCCCAACAUCACGGGCACGACCCCACUACAUCUCAGAGUGCAUCCCCCGUCAGAGAAGAUCUGUCUCUGCGAUGUGGACUCUGGGUUUACAGAGAAGGAACACGCUUGCAACGAUGCCGACAUCCUCAAGACAUCUUUGAUAGCGAUCUUCGUAGUAUCCUGCAUAAGGAAGAUCCUAGCAAAUUAA